GCCUUUGAAAGUCUUGAGUCUGACUUGAGUCCAGGAGAGACCAUGUCCGCCGUCAUAGGCAAACUGUACUCACCUCUGCUCUCAUUUAAAACUCAUUCUCCAUGAAAUAACAGUAACGCGGGGCCUCAAGGAUGGCCAACUCGGGUGCUGUUCAGGUGAAACUAGAACUUGGUCAUCGUGCCCAGGUCAGAAAGAAACCCACUGUGGAAGGCUUCACCCACGACUGGAUGGUGUUUGUCCGAGGACCGGAGCACAGCAACAUUCAGCACUUUGUGGAGAAAGUAGUUUUUCACCUGCACGAAAGCUUCCCUAAACCAAAAAGAGUGUGCAAGGACCCGCCAUACAAAGUGGAGGAGUCUGGAUACGCAGGCUUCAUCUUGCCUAUUGAAGUGUACUUCAAAAACAAGGAAGAGCCGAAGAAAGUUCGCUUUGAUUACGACCUGUUCCUCCACCUGGAGGGCCACCCGCCUGUCAAUCAUCUCCGCUGCGAGAAGCUCACCUUCAACAACCCGACAGAGGAGUUUCGUAGGAAGCUGCUGAAAGCCGGAGGGCAACGAGAUCCUCACAAACGAAGUACAGAAGACUCAAAAGUGAUGGUAAUGCAGGAGGGCUCCACCUCCCUGUUCGGCCAGCACCUGAAGCUGCCUACACUUCCCAACAGCUCUCUGACGUCCACCUUCUCCGACCCAAAGAAGAGCAAAAGCUUCCAUGGGUCAAAGGAUGGCUCCAAAGGAAGCAGCACUACCCUUCUCACCACCGCCACAACCACCAGCACCAACAGCAGCAGCUUCUCCAAACUCCACAAACCCUCCAAGGACCACAAAGACAAGCCUCCAAAAGACUUGAAAGAGCCCAAAAGUGCCUUCAGAGACUCUGGCUGGGAACCCAGCAAAGCCCCCAAAGAACCUUCCAGGAAACCCAAAGAGAACCAGCCACUUAGAGAUAUCAAUCCUAAGAUGGGCUUCAAGGAACCUAAGUCUCUGUCCAAGGAGCAUCGGACUGAGGGAAUGAACCACGGGCCAGGGCUAAACAAGCGUCUGUCCACCCCUGAAGGUGACGAUCACUUGACCAAAAAACGUAAAAAGGGAUAUGUGGAUUCAUCAGGGAAGCAGACAUCCGGGUUAGAGGCUCAACAUUUGGAUAAGAAACUCUUGAAGGAUAGAUCGCAGAUGCGAACAAGUAAAUUGCGACCAGAAGGCGACGAGGCCGAGCGCAGGAAGGUGCCGACACUUCCUCCAUUCCAGGAACUGGUGGACCCCAAUGACUCUGACAUGGAGGACCAGUCUACGAAAUCAGAUUCUGAACAGCCCAGUCCAGCCAGUUCAAGCUCCAGUUCAGGCUUCGCUCCCACACACCACAAACGACAAGUGGUGGACUUCAUCAUCAGGAAAAGGGUGGCUAUUCCUGCCACCACCCACACAGUGCUGGGCCCACUGCAGUCCGUCAUGCAGGAUCUGCACUCGGACGACAACGAUGACGACUCAGAGGACGACGACGACAACGACAUGGACUCUGACAUGGAGAGACCAGCGCACACACACCUCACACACCAUCAGCGCAGGGUCAGUUUGAGUGAUGGCAGUGAGAGCGACAGCUCCUCGCCCUCGCCCCCCUCCCACAACGAAGCCCCACCUUUAUUAAAGACUACUAAUAACCAGAUACUGGAAGUGAAGAGUCCCACCAAGCAGAGCAAGCAGGACAAGAACAAAAACCUAGAUUGUGACAAGGCCUACCUGGACGAGCUGGUGGAACUGCACAAAAGACUGAUGACACUAAGAGAAGGUCAUAUACUGCAACAGAUCGUGAACCUCAUCGAAGAAACUGGACACUUCCACAUCACAAACACUACUUUUGACUUCGACCUUUGCUCCUUGGACAGAAGCACGGUGAGGAAGCUGCAGAGUUACCUGGAAACCUCUGGCCUGUCCUGAGGCUCUGAGCAGCUGGCUGCUGGAUCUCUGUCUCCACACAGACGUUUUGAUUCUCCUCGAACAAACUCCACCUUUUUGGAUGCAAUGCAAAAAGCGCCCGCUGUAGGCUGGGUCCAGUUGCUGCGCGUGUCCAGCCUGCUGGUUGGACUGGGCUCUCUCUCUCUCUGAAUGAAGAGGCGGUCCUGCCACAGAAACCAGAGCCGGGUGUCGUGGGGAUGAGCCCUGUCGAUCAGGAGAUCACCCUGAAGGCCUUGCAAACGUCACUUGAUUUAUCGGGAGGUCGCGACCUUGACGCUCUUAAUGAAUGUGCAUAUUGUUACCAUGUAUGUUUCUUGAUUUGUUGUUCAUUGUGACAGAUGCAUGGUCAACACCGCCUUACAACAUUGUAAGUCUUAUUUAUUGAAUUUAAUUUGCAGGUGUGCGUGCGUGCGUGAGCAUGUGUGUGUGUUUGAAAUGGCAAAAAAAGAAACAGCGGAAUGAGACUUUGUUGAAGCACUUCACGACAGGCAUAUCUUUGAAUGUGUGUGACAGUCGAUCAUCGCUGCGACACUCCAUAUGUCACUGACUUGAAUUGAAUCAUUUGAAUGGGAACAAAACACUGCCACAGCAGGUGUGAGGCUGACGCUCCACAGCAACACAGCAGAGUUUUUCUAAGUGUGCAUCUUGCAGAAAACCACUUCUUCCCGCCAAAAUAAGACUUCCUUUGUGAGACCAUAGAAGAAGCGCACAUGGACAAUAACGCGUAGGUUCAAACGCCAUCGCUGAAGAGCUACACGUCACACACUUACUACAAACCCACACCUGUGAAAGGUCGGGAAGAACAUCUCCAACAACUUUCCUCAAAGAUGUUCAUGGUGUUCCACUCACCUGCUGUUCACGUCCACACAUCCACACACCGACACACACCAGGCCGAUCGCUACGCAAAGUGGCUACGAUUGUUCCAAGAUUCAGAAAGUCGCCAAAAAUUCAAGAGAUUCCAAUUUAAACAAAGGCAGAAAGCAGAUUUUUAAGAGCAUAAUGAAGCCUUCAGCAUGGAGGUUACUAAAGCACUGCAUCUGAUUUUGGUAACUUCUUAAAGGCCCAUGUGUAGAAUUUGAAAAUAUUGUUUUAGUGCCCCCGGUGGUUGGAUUGGAAAACAACUGGCAGACAGCACAGAAAGUCUCUUCCUCCACCUCUCCACCUUUAUGGAUCUGACCAAGUGAAACAACUUUUACUGGAAAUAUCAUCUUCUAUAACAAUAAUAAAAAAAGAAGAAUUCUAGAGGAAGUAUCAGGACAUAAAAAUUCUACACAUAGCACCUUUAAUCUCCAAAUUUUGGUUGAAACCCUUUUAAAGAAAUAUGACUGAAUGAACACUUCAUGACUCAAACUAAUGAAGAUAUCUGUAUUCCACAAGAACUUAAAUUACAUUGCACACACACACACACACAGAGGCUUUCCAGCUCUGAGACUUUCACACACACCACCACAUCAUUUCACACUCGUGCCACAUCGUUUGGCAGUUUUUUCUUCCCAUAUUUUGACACUGUAUAAAGUGAGACACGAGUGGCUGCUGGAGUGAGUCGAGCACAAAUCACUGACGCUGAAAGUCCUUGUGAUACAAUCCCAAGAUUUUUUUUUUUUUACCAAAUCCAGGCAUCCCGGGCCGCAGCAGGUCCGGCCUGCCUGCUCAUCAGCAAAGCUUAGUUGUUGUCAGCUCAUAAUUCUGCUACGGGGCCGACGGAACAUGCCAAAAGCAUAGCUGAAGAGAAUCGUUUUUUUUUUAGGACACUACUAAUGUUUGUCUCCACGAUAUGAUUUCAAAAAGCAUUAUCUGUUUGCCAUCUGGGAAAAAAAAAAAAAAAGAUUU